GACGUUUACGGAAGUCAUUCAGGAUCCGCAAGUCUGAUUUCAUGGAUGUGUUAAAAUAACUGGUUCGCGCAAGUUUUACAGUGGUGUGGUGUGUUGUGUUGUGUUGCAUGACCUUUAUUCUGUUGAUACGUGUGUAAACAAAGUGAAGGACACGACUCAAUAAAAUGGCUAGAAAUCUAAUGAUGAGCUUUGUUGGACUACAUAAACUUCAGAGGAGCCUUAUGUGGAAUGAGUCUCGCCUUUAUUGCCACACUGGAGUCAACCCAGUUACUCUGACUCAACAACAUAAUGGAAUCAGGAGAAUUACAUUGAACAACCCUAAAAAGAGGAAUGCUCUUUCUUUGUUCAUGUUGGAAUCCCUUCGUAAGAGCAUCCUCAAUGAAGUUGACAGUGAAGAUCUUCGAGUUAUUGUAAUAUCAGCCAACGGACCCGUGUUUUCCUCGGGUCAUGACCUAAAGGAACUGACAUCCGCUCAGGGAAGAGAGCAUCAUACUCAGGUCUUCAAGACCUGUUCAGAGGUAAUGAGCCUUAUUCAAGAUAUCCCAGUUCCUGUUAUUGCCAUGGUGAAUGGUGUGGCCACAGCAGCAGGUUGCCAGCUUGUUGCCAGCUGUGACAUUGUAAUAGCUUCAGAGAAAUCCACCUUUGCUACUCCAGGUGUUAACGUGGGUUUGUUCUGCUCUACACCAGCUGUAGCUAUUGGAAGAGCUGUGCCCAGAAAGGUUGCACUGGAGAUGUUGUUUACAGGAACUCCCAUUUCGGCCCAUGAUGCUUUGCUGCAUGGUCUGGUGAGUAAGGUUGUGCCAGAAAAUCGACUGGAGGAAGAGACCCUGGCCAUUGCUCAGCGCAUAUGUGAUACGAGUCAACCUGUUGUAGCUCUUGGCAAAGCUACCUUCUACAGACAAAUGGCACAAGGUCGAGACGCUGCAUAUGCUAUUGCUUCCAAAGUGAUGGUUGAUAAUCUGGCACUCAGAGAUGGACAAGAAGGAAUCAGGGCUUUCAUAGAAAAACGCAAACCUGUUUGGAGUCAUAAAGCAGAAAAAGCUCACGACUGAGGGACUACAACUUUGCACAAUUCACCUGUACUUUAUCAGUGAGUAUAGUGCGUGGGAUGAUAUUUUAAUUUUAUGGUAUCACAAUUAUUAAAGUUGCUGACAGGUAAAAAUGUUAUGGAUAUGAAUAAUUAUAAUUUUUAUAUCAAAUAGGUUUCAUAUGUAAACAACUGUUAUAGUAUAGCACUUUGUUAUAAUUGAAAAUUAGGGAUGCACUGAUAUCGAUAAUGAAAAAUAACUGGAUGUGAUUAGACUAUUUAGAGGCUGAUUUUGAGCCGUUAUUACAUUUAUGUAGUCAUUUAUCCUUCAAAUAACUACUGAACAGGUUUGUAUGAAUAAGUUAACUAUGUUUUAAGGAAAUAAGUGCCAUUUUCCAUCUCUACUCUAGUAUUGGUUUAUAUCGGGUAUGGGUAGAUAUUGAUACUUUGACGUAU